AUGUUAUUUGACAACGCUUGUACUGAUGAUAGCCGGGUCAGCCCAGCUGCUGCUGUCGUACUUGGGAAAAUCCGAUGGGGGCUGAUGCUGAUCUUGUCUGUUUUUAUCUAUGGCUCCCAUGCACCACUCCUGACUCUCAGUAAAGAAAAUGGUCAGAUCCCAUUCAGUGCCUCCUCUGUGGUGGUUUUGAUUGAGUUAACCAAGUUGAUGCUCUCACUAGUCUUCCUGAUGAUCUGGGGCUGCGGACAACAAAAGCUAUCUGUGUCAUGGCAUCAUGCUGCUCCCUUUGCUCUUUCGGCAUUGCUCUAUGCAGCCAACAACAACUUAGUAGUUCAUUUGCAGCUGUUCAUGGAUCCUAGUACCUUCCAAGUGCUCAGCAACUUGAAAAUUGGAAGCACCGCCCUCCUAUUCAGCAUGUUCUUGCACCAAAGACUGACUGCCCGCAAGUGGCUAGCUCUUUUCUUGUUGAUUGCUGCUGGAGCCUUUUAUACAUAUGGAGGCCUGCAGGACCCACAGCACAUGCCUGCUUCUGAGAUGCAGUUGCACAUCACCCCCAUUGGCUUAGUGCUGAUCUUUCUAUAUUGCCUGAUCUCUGGCCUUUCAGCAGUCUACACCGAAGUUGUCUUGAAGACCCAGGAUCUGCCUCUUAACCUCCAAAAUGCAUUUCUCUACUUUUUUGGUGUUUUGCUGAACAUAAUCAUCCAUCUGUCAAGCAGCUCAGGGGCUGGGUUCCUAGAGGGUUUCUCAUUUUGGGUUCUGUUAAUUAUUGUGAGUCAAGCCUUGAAUGGCUUGAUAAUGUCUGUGGUCAUGAAGCACAGUAGUAACAUCACUAGACUCUUUGUGAUCUCCUCCUCUAUUAUGGUUAAUGCUUUGCUCUCUGUCCUCCUAUUUGGUCUUCAUCUAACCACCUUUUUUUUCCUUUCUGUUUUGCUGAUUAGCUUCGCUGUUUACUUUUAUUAUGGAAUCAAAUAG